AUGUCUCGCUUUUUCCGUUCUGCAUCAGACAGCGAGUCUGAAACCGACACUUCUGAUAAUGAAUCCUUCAUUUCCGAUGAAGAAUUAUCGUCGGAAGAAGAAUCCGACUUUGAAGAAGAACAAGAUGAUCAACCCCAAAAGUCGCGUUUCUUGAAGGGCGCCGAAAGUGACAGCGACGAGGAAUCAGACGAAGAAUUCGGGCGCAAACGACAAGUCAAAUCGCAAAAGGACAAGCGUCUUGAGGAAAUGCAGAAUUCGAUCAAAGCCAUCGAAAACGGUCAAAAGAACAAGGAUUGGACCUUGAUUGCCAAUGAAUACGAGAAACUGUCCAGCUACGUCGCCAAAGCCACACAGGGAUUCAAUGAGAUUGCGGUGCCCAAGGGGUACAUCAAGGUCACCGUCGAACUUCAGGAUCUCUUGCAAGAGACUCUUCAAAAGGAAAAGUCGGCCAAGAAGAAGAUGAGUGCCGGUAACAACAAGGCUAUGAACUCUAUGAGACAGAAAUUGCGAAAGGUCUCCAAAGAAUAUGACCAGUUGAUUCAGAGCUACAACAAGGAUCCUGAACAAUUCAUGGAGGAACCUGAAGAGGAAGAGGAAGCUCCUGCUCCUCGUGCCGCUUCUCCCAGUGUCGCCCAUGCCACUGCUACUGCUAGCGUUGCAGCCGAAGAUUUGGACAGCUUUACUUCCGUCGGUCGAGGUGGACGAACUGUUGUCGAACCCACCCGCAAGGAAUUCUUUGUUCGCUUGAAGGAAGUGUUGGAAGCUCGUGGUAAAAAGAACACUAACCGUGAAGAACAAACCGCUAUCCUUGAAGAACUUUUGGAACUCGCCACCUCACCUUUCCAAAAGAUCACGGUCCUUCUCGCUCUCAUCUCAUCUCGCUUCGAUAUCAAUCUUGGCAAUGUUGCUUACAUGCCUUUGAAGGCAUGGAAGGCCGCUGAAAAGGAGUUGAACCAGUUGCUCCAGAUCCUUGAAACCAAUAAGCAAUUCGUGAUCCGUGAAGAUGUCGAAGAAUACGAGUACAAUGAUAAGGACGUAAAGCCUGCCGAAGGCGAAAUUAUCAAGAUUCGCGGUUCCAUCAUCAGCUUUGUCGAACGCUUGGAUGACGAAUUCACCAAAUCGCUCCAGAACAUUGAUCCCCACACCACGGAUUACAUUGAUCGUCUUCGUGAUGAACCUUCGUUGUAUGCUAUUCUUGUUCGCGCCCAAGCCUACGCUGAAAUGUACAACAUGGAAGACGCUGUUGCCAGAGUGGUCAUUCGACGAUUGGAGCAUUUGUACUUCAAGCCUGAGCAAGUGAUUCGUUCCACUGAACGUAUUGCCAAGGAGCUUUUGCCCAAGUAUAUCAGCUCCAAGAUUAUUACCACCGAGGAGCCUUCGCAGUUGAUCCAUCAAUUGUGCGCCUAUCUUUACAACCAGCCCACUUCCAUCUUCCGUACGCGUGCCAUGUUGUGCCACAUCUAUCACUUUGCUCUUCACAAGAAAUUCCACACCGCACGUGAUAUGUUGUUGAUGUCUCAUCUUCAAGAAACCAUUCACCAGGCCGAUAUCGCUACGCAGAUCUUGUACAAUCGCGCCAUGGUGCAGAUCGGUCUUUGUGCUUUCCGUGAAGGUUUGGUCAAAGAAGCUCACGCCAGUUUGCAAGAGAUUCAAGGUUCCGGUCGCGUCAAGGAAUUGUUGGCACAAGGUGUUCAGGCAUCACGAUACGGUCAGCAAAGCACUCCCGAAUCGGAUCAAUUGGAAAAGCAGCGCCAGUUGCCUUUCCACAUGCAUAUCAACUUGGAGCUUCUUGAAUGUGUCUUCUUGACAUGUUCGAUGCUGCUGGAAAUCCCUGCUCAGGCUCAAGCCGGUCCCAACAACAAGAAAUUCAUUUCCAGGCCUUUCCGCCGAUUGCUUGACUACAAUGAGCGCCAGGCAUUCACGGGUCCUCCUGAGAACACCCGAGAUCACAUCAUGAGUGCUGCCAAGGCUUUAGCUUCCGGUGAAUGGGAACGUGCAAAGGAUUAUAUCUUGGCCAUCAAAAUCUGGGAUCUGAUGACGGAAACCCAGCAAAUCAAGGAUAUGCUUGUUCGCAAGAUCCAGGAAGAAGGCCUCCGCACUUAUCUUUUCACCUAUGCAUCUUACUACUCCACCUUGGGUCUUUCGCAACUGUCGACCAUGUUUGAUUUGCCCGUCUCCAGAGUUUCGGCCAUCAUUGCUAAAAUCAUCUGGAACGAGGAACUGGCUGCAUCAUUGGAUCAAGUCUCUCAAUGUGUGGUGCUUCAUCAAGUAGAACCUUCUCGUCUCCAGGUGUUGGCCGUGCAAUUUGCUGAAAAGGCAGCUAAUCUUGUGGAUCAAAAUGAACGUUUAUCAACAGCAGGACGAGAUACUGUGAAGGUUCAUAACUAG